AUGGUUGGCUUGGUCUUGACCAAUUUGGAACCCAUUGUAGUGCUUCUUGCACAGUGCAGGCCGAUUGAGAAGUCGUGGAAAAUUAUGCCAGAAGGCAGAUGUUGGCCUACUAAGGUCAGAAUCUACUCUAUAUACGUCCAAGUUGCAUACUCUGUCAUCACAGACUUCAUAUGCGCACUACUUCCUGUUGCCGUCCUGUGGAAAAUCAAAAUCGAUCUCAAGACCAAAAUUGGAGUUUGUGGCCUCAUGUCAUUGGGCCUCAUUGCAACCGCGGUUGCGAUUGUCCGAGCCUCAUCGCUUGGCAUCAAGACAGCGGAUCUUUCCUACGACUAUUGCCUGGCCGCUAUCUGGGCCAACACAGAGUUACAUCUUGGCAUCAUAGCCACCAACCUUGCUCUCAGCCGCAUGAUAUGGGGCUUCUUCGUGGGCGGCAGAACCACUACAUUGUCAAACACCAAGACGCCACGAUAUGGAACAGGUAGUCACCUCAGCAGGAACACCAAAAACGGCUACGUAAGGAGCGGCGAUCGCAGCCCCUAUCAUACAAAGGAUGGCAUCGAAACGCGAUCUAGUGAAGACAACUUGAGUCAGGCCAGUCAGAUACCGCUGGAUCCCAUUAUCAAAAGGACGACCAGCGUGCACAUUUCGUACAAUCGAGCGUCGACACAGAAAGGGCAAACUUCAGACGAGACCCUACCAACGUACCACUCAGAAGCAAGACAUGAUGGUAUCAAGUACUAA